CGCAGUUGGGGUCGGGUAAUCCGUCGAUCUUUCGCAAUGAAGUUGUUUUACCGGGCGGCAAUGAUUUCGGUAACGCUAAGACUAACAUUUUCGAUUCCGAUUAAAAGAAAUUCAUCUGCAAUUGAUGCGAGAGGUGUUCCACUCUACGCACCGAAUGUUUGCCCUGAAAACGAAUUGCUUUAUCCCGGCGAGACUACGUCCGAUUGGAUCUGCGACUGUGGACCGGGGUAUCUUUACUAUGCCUCCAAAGAGGGAUGCUUUGCUGCAUACCGACAAGGUCCUUGCUCCGAUGGGAAUUAUUUGGUUUUCAAUUCUUCAAACAGGAGUGCAGUAUGUUCCCAAACCUCUUGCCAGGAUGGAUUUGCCAGGUACGAGGAUAAAUGUUACGAGUUAGGCAAACCGAACGGGCCGUGCCCGCCCAUAAACCAGGGUGGCGGCAUUUUUGAUGUCAACGUGACAACCCUAGUGGUGGAGUGCCUUCGAGGGACCGAAAAUUUAUCGCUUCUAAACCUCCCUUCUAGAUGCAGUCCAGGCAGUAGGAGAGACAGCAGCGGAAAUUGUAGAGUGGUGUAUAAAUAAUUGUAAAAAAACUAAUAAAGAUAAAUAACCAAAUUUUAUUUUGGUUUUAGCGUUUCACCUCUUAAGUUACGAGAUAAUUAAUAACAACCCCGAGAAAUGCAGCUAGGGUUAUUUAGAGAGUAUUAAAUUCUCAGUUCAAGUGCCUUUAUUUUAUAGUGUCAAACAAUGUUACAUGAUAUAGCUGGCGCAUUACUCUUCUGAAAUGAAGUCAUUUUUGGUUAUUUUUGUUUAAUCUAUCUCAACUGACAGAGACAGAAAAAAAUUGAAAACAAUCAUUUGUUAGCGUACACGCA